AUGUCAAAAAAAUUAAAGGAGCCUUCAGAAUCAAUAGAAAGUUUGAGAGAAGAAGAUGACAUAAUGCAAACAAGCUCUCAUUGUGAAAAUAAUGUAAUUAAUAUUGAAGUUUAUGUUGAGCACAUUGCGACAAAUAACGCUUUGCACGUGGGCAAAUCUAAUUGUCAAAAACCAUCUUCAACAAUUAACGUAAAUAAACGUAAAACUCAACGACCAAAUGAAAAAGAAGAACUUAAGAAAAUGAAACGUAAACAGGACGCUGAUCGACAACGAACAUAUCGUCAAAAGAGAAAAAAUAAAGAAUCUAUGCAGAAAAUGUCAAAAGAAUCGGAUAAUAUUACAGAACCAAUAGAAACAACGAGAGAUGAACUUAAUUCAAUACAAUCCAGUUCUCACUAUCAAAAUACUUCACAAAAUACUGAAGUUUUAAAUGUGAGCUAUUCUAAUUCUGACAAUGAAAACCGAUGUUGUGAUAAUACUAUGAAUCAACGUAGAAAUAAUUCUACAGAUGUCCAAGAACAUUACAUUGGUCCUAUGGAUGUUUUGUGUGAACAUUGUGAAGCAAGACAUUUCGCUGCUGAAAGAGUGUCGCGUAAAAAAAAUUCUUUCAAUGAUUGUUGCAGUCACGGUGAAGUAGUUUUAGAACCUUUACCUGAACCUCCAACAAUAUUGAAUGAACUAUUUAAUGGUACACACGAAGAGUCUAGACAUUUUUUUGAACGUAUACGCUGGUAUAAUAAUUCUUUUGCUUUCGCAUCUUUUAAUGCAAAUUUAGUUAAUUUUAAUAACAGAAGACCUGGACCAUAUUGCUUUAAAAUUCACGGUCAAAUAUAUUAUCAAAUUAAUACUUCAUUGUACCCUUCUGAUAAUGAAAAUCUAUCUUUUGGUCAGCUUUUUAUUGUAGAUCAAAACGAAGCUACACAUGUACGAUGUCAACAAACUGCGAGGUUAAAUCCAGAUAUUAUUACUAAAAUUGAUCAGGUUUUACGUGAUUGUAACAUAUUUGCUAAGUCAUAUCAAAUGAUGCAUGAAGAAUUGCAAUCAGCAUCAAGUCAGUCAAAUACCCAAACAUCUUCUGAAAUGCAAUUAUUGUUUUCUUUAAAACCAGGGAUAGAUUUGAGACGAUACAAUCAACAGAGAGUAAACGAAGUCGCAGCCAUCUUUACUACUACAGCUGACGGUGAAAUUCCAGAAUCGUAUAUAAGUAUACGAAAUAAACAAUCUAGAGAUCUACAAUUUGUUAGUACAAUGGAUGCUAAUGUUGAACCCUGGAUUUACCCAUUAUUUUAUCCACAUGGUACACAGGGGUGGACUGAUAAUAUACCUCAUGUACAUAGACGUGGACGAGUUACACGAAGUGAAUACAUGAAGUUUCGUUCAGGUGAUCGAGAGAACAAUGUAUUCUUACAAGGAAGAAGAUUGUUUCAACAAUGGGUUGUUGAUGGUUGUGUUAAAAUAGAGAAAGAUGGAAUGAACUUUUAUAAAAAUAAUUAG